AUGAAGAGCUGCCUCAAGCUGCCCACUCCCCUCCCGAGCCCGACCCCCAGUGGGCGGAGCACCCCGAAAAAAUGCGUCGCAUUUUGCGAGGACUCAGACGUCGAGGUACACGACGCGGACGACUGGGACCGCACGCCUAUGCAGCCCUCGAAGAAGCUGUCGUACCAGGAGAUAAUUGAGCUCAAGGAGAUAACAAGAGGCCUCCCACUGGCGGACCAGCCGUCGUGCUUUGUGACGGGCAGGCCGUCGCAGAGACGCCUCUCCGCCGUCCCUAUCACACUCCUACCGCUCCUGCCGGAAUCCAACAUGACCCCGGCCUCAACCUACCCGCCCGUUGACACAUCCCACACCCCAUCCAUCCCCCUCUCGCCCCCUACGUCCCCACAAAGAGCACAGCACAAGAGCUUCUCUUUUAUCCCCCUCCUCGACGCGGCGAAAUCCGACACCACCCAUACUACGCCCCCUCAUAGUCCGGCCCUCUCCGCCCUCUCGGACUUUGACAUGGACCCCCCGACGCCCGCCCUCACCAACGCGUCGCUGGAGAGCAGCCCGCGGUCGUUCCCGCCCUCCUCGCCCCCUGAAGCUUCUCCGUUUAUCCUCCUCCCCCCAUCCCGGAGACGGUUUUCAGGGGGGUCGUGUGCCGACGUGCCAUCUCUAAAUCUGGAGGACGACGUCGUGCCGGACGCCCCAGAAUACACCAAGGACCCGCGUUCUCGCCCCCUUCUUUUCGCUGGCACGUCGGAGUCGCACGCGCACCAGCCUGCCGACGCGCCAUCGAAACCGAAACCUCGGAGGAAGAAGGUCAUGUACAUUAAUGACAUGGAGAUAGAGCUGGACGACUCGGACGAGGAGGAGGAGGAGGACGAGCCGCCAACGCCCAAUCCGACGCAGGUCCCGCACUUCACCGAGCCCGUCGAGACCGACGAACCGCCAAAUCCGGACCGCGUGGAGAAGACCGAGGAACUGCCAUGUCCCUCCCCGCCCACGCCCACCGACACGUCAGAUCGGCCGCCCUCUCCCCCAUGCCUGUACGCGCCCAUCCGCUUCCAGAGCCGUGCAAAUCGAGAGCGCGAGGCGGCCGGCGGGCUGAAGCCGCCAUCCUGGAACCCCGUGAUGGUGUCCUCCUAA